AUGGCUUCGACUGCAAAGCGGCUGGGCAAGCGGAUUAUUGGUUAUCCAGAGAACACUGUCCCCGUAAUUUCUAGCAGGGAUUGGGUUCGUGGUCUCGUCAAGGAUCCUAAACGCGAUGUUAUCGACUACCUCCUCAGCCUGUUCCCCAUCAUAGGGUGGAUAACCAGAUACAACUUCGGAUGGCUUACAGGCGAUCUUAUCGCUGGUUUGACCGUAGGGAUGGUGGUCGUCCCCCAAGGGAUGUCGUAUGCUCAGAUUGCGACAUUGCCUCCCGAGUUUGGACUAUAUUCCUCAUUCGUCGGAGUGUUGAUCUAUUGCUUCUUCGCAACCUCGAAGGAUGUUUCGAUCGGUCCGGUAGCUGUCAUGUCCCUUACAGUCUCUCAAGUCAUCAAGCACGUUAACGACGCCCACCCCGGCGAGUGGGAUGGUCCGCAGAUCGCCACGACUCUCGCUUUCAUUUGCGGCUUCAUUGUUCUUGGAAUUGGUUUGCUGCGGCUAGGUUGGCUCGUAGAGUUUAUUCCUAGUCCAGCUGUCAGUGGUUUCAUGACCGGCUCUGCUAUUAGCAUCGUCGCGGGGCAAGUACCAGGAAUGAUGGGAAUAACUGGCUUCGACACUCGUGCCCCCACAUACCUCGUUAUUAUUAAUACCUUAAAAGGACUUCCACGUACGACCCUGGACGCUGCUUGGGGUCUGCCAGGGCUUGUGGCGCUGUAUGGAAUCCGUAUGCUUUGCGACUACUUCACUAAGAAAUUCCCUCGUCGAGCAAGAUGGUUCUUCUUCAUCUCAGUUCUGAGAAACGCCUUCGUUAUCCUCGUUUUAACAAUUGCUGCAUGGCUUUACACGAGACACAGACGUCUACCCAACGGCAAGUACCCCAUCAAGAUCUUGCAAAAUGUCCCCAGUGGCUUCAAGCAUGUCGGGCAACCCGUCAUCGACAGCAAUCUUGUGUCAGCUUUGGCAGGUGAACUACCUGUCGCGACCAUUAUUCUGCUCCUCGAGCACAUCGCGAUCUCAAAGUCUUUCGGUAGGCUCAAUGGCUACAAGAUCAACCCCAAUCAAGAACUUAUCGCCAUCGGCGUCACGAACACAAUCGGUUCAUGCUUCGGGGCCUAUCCUGCUACUGGAUCAUUCUCCCGCUCCGCCUUGAAGUCGAAGUCCGGUGUAAGGACCCCCGCUGCCGGCAUCAUCACCUCCGUCGUCGUAAUUGUUGCUUUGUAUGGCCUUACACCUGCUUUCUACUGGAUCCCCAAUGCUGCGCUGUCCGCUGUGAUCAUCCACGCCGUCGCGGAUCUGGUGGCCUCCCCAGAUCAAGUUUACUCCUUCUGGCGCGUGUCCCCCCUCGAAUUCUUCAUAUGGAUGGCCGCAGUUCUAGUCACCGUGUUCUCGUCUAUCGAGAACGGUAUCUAUGUCUCUAUCUGCACGUCUCUCGCUUUGCUUUUGAUUCGUGUCGCCCAUCCACGAGGGUCUUUCUUGGGCAGAGUGACACUUCGUAGCAAGUCCCAUGACUCGCAAGAAAGUCGGGAUGUCUUCGUCCCACUCGAACAGAAGAACAACGGCGUUUUGAACGAGCAUAUCAAAGUCGACCCACCAUCUCCUGGUGUUUUGGUAUACAGAUACGAAGAAAGCUAUCUCUACCCUAAUUCCUCGCUGCUGAAUUCGGUGCUCGUGGACUACGUCAAGGAGCAUAUGCAACGAGGUCGCGAUAUGACGCUCGUGAAGUUUAGCGAUCGCCCCUGGAAUGACCCAGGCCCUCCCCGUGGUACUACCUCCGAAAGCGAGCAAGCUAGGAACGAGAAGCUCCCGGUGCUACACGCCAUCGUUCUUGAUUUCUCUUCAAUAUCCCACAUAGAUACCACCGCCGUGCAGUCACUCAUUGAUGCUCGGACCGAGAUAGAAAGAUGGGCGAAUCAUUCAGUCGAGUUCCACUUUGCCACUAUUUUGUCACCAUGGAUACGCAGAGCUCUGGUGGCUGGUGGGUUUGGCAUCGGCAACUCAGCCUCGAAAUUCACUGGCGAAGUUGCUCCCGUCGUUCCAUACCGCGACGGCCACACGGCUCCGGACGGUGUACCUGUAUUAGACGAUGAUAUCGAAGCGGGCGACGUAAAGAGAAAGGUAUCAUCAAGUCACAGCAGUGUUGCUGAAGAAGAAAGGGAUUAUUCGUUGAUAUUGUCCUCUGAGACGCCGUUCUUCCAUGUAGACCUCGCGGGAGCCGUCCGGGCAGCGGAAAGUGGGCUAGAUAGGUUGAACGAGCGUAAGAGUCGAGAGCAGUUGAUCGCAAUUUAA